AUGACUACGUCCUUUUCGGAUCUUCUGCGUGAACAAGAGGAAGUAGCGGGGUGGAUACAAAGAUUCUGGGCUAACGUAUGCAAGUUAGGAAAGGACAAGCUGACGGGAGCGGUUUUAGAGCAGAGACAGGGUUUGCUCAACCGAUACUGGGACACGUUCCUUAGCGGACACCGUAAAUUGAUGAGAUGCAAGGAGGCGAGUUCUAGUUCAUAUGUCAAAGAGGACGCCUUUUCGGUCACAGAAGAAGCUUACCUCGACGCAGCCUCCAUGAUUUCCCAUCACCUGAAAGAGUUGCCGUCCCCUUGCUCCUCGCAUGUUCAACAGUCCAAUAUUGCGCCUCCGCCCCACCCGCAACUGCCUAAAAUUGAUUUGCCGAAAUUUUCGGGCGAUCCGUUACAAUGGGAGAGCUUUCGCGACCUUUUUAAAAGUCUAGUCCAUGACGUCAGCCACUUACCUGACGUACAGAAGCUACUCUAUUUGAAGUCUAGUUUGACAGGUGAGGCCGCCGAGGUCAUUCGGAAUACGCCGAUAACGGACUCCGGCUUCAGGGGAGCAUGGGACGAUCUGGAAGCCCGGUACGGUAACAUUCGUCUGUUAUCGUUUUCCCAUCAUCGAGCGCUCCUCUUGUGCCCACCAGCCCUGCAGCAGUCAGCUGGCGAAUUGAAGCGGCUUUUAGACACUUUCCGCCAGGCGAUUAGGGCGUACGUUACACUGAGGAAACCCGUUACUUCAUGGGAUGAGUGGUUUGUAUACUUACUAAGCCAAAAGCUUGACAAAACUACUCACCUUGCUUGGGAGACUUCUUUGGCGGAUAGCCGGGAAAUCCCGCGGUUCCAGCAAUUAUCGCAGUUCUUGGAGAACCGGAUCCAAGCUUUAGGCGCUGCAGGCAUGACGGACCCAUCACUCCACGCUGUGUCGCCGACCAGCUCAAAGGAAAUCAAACCUAAAACAAAAGGAGGAGCAUCAGCAAAAGGCGUUAACUCUAACGUCUUAGCCGCAGCAUCAAAGUCGCCCCCGGCCCGGAAAUGUCCGGGGUGUUCGGGCACCCACGGUCUAGGAUUUUGUUAUAAAUUCAAGGCGCUGUCGCCGGCAAAACGCAAGGAGCGCGUCCAACAGCUGAAGGCCUGCCUGAGCUGUUUGAAUGUAGGACACGAAGUGGGUAAGUGUCCGUCUAAACAAGUCUGUUUAGCUUGUAGCAAGCGACACCAUACGUUACUGCACGAGGCGCUGACGGCUCCACCGGCAAGCGCACCAGGCCGUGAAGGCGGACAGCCGGCACGAGAAGACGCUGCCUCGACGUCUGACGACGCAACUCAGCAGGUGACUACCCUCUCUCUAUCGGUUGGCUCAAAAGCCGUGGCCUUACUCGCAACCGCCAAGGUGAGAUUGGAGGCGCCAUCAGGAGAAACCGUAGAGGUCCGAGCCCUUCUGGACACCGGCUCCGAUACCUCUCUCGUCUCAUCGUGGGUCGCUCAGGCGCUACGUCUUCCACGGCGGGCGGUGCGAGUGGCCAUCUCAGGCGUUAAGGACAAUGAGGUUGGACACGCGACCGGAGAGGUAUCACUUGUAGUUCGACCCCGACACCCCUCGGACUUCCGAUUACCAGUUCGUGCGUUGGUACUCCGCAAACUAACGUCGUUGCUCCCGAGCAAACGCAUCGUGGCAAAGUCUUGGCCGCAUAUUACCGGUCUCACGCUUGCUGACCCCGAGUACGGAGUUCCGGCUCGGGUAGAUUUACUUUUAGGUGCGGAUGUUUGCGGAACGCUCUUUGGUGACGACUCGCGCAGAGGGCCAGAGGGUACUCCAACAGCGAAACUCACCCCCUUUGGCUGGGUGCUUAUGGGACCAGCCUCCGACGACAAACCCAAGGCGGAGACGGCCGCUCGGGUUCUUCACUGCCACGGCGAGGACUCCACAAGCCAACUCCUCCAGCGGUUCUGGGAGCUGGACGAGAUUCGAGAACGGGCUCCAAUGUCACAAGAAGAGGAAAAGUGUGAGCGUCACUUCCUUGACACCCAUGCUCGAGAUCCAUCGGGACGCUACGUGGUGCGCCUUCCCUUCGUAAAGGACCCGCGGACUGCGCUGAAGUCCAACAGGACGACGGCGUUGAAACUCCUCUUCAAUUGUGAACGACGCCUAUCCUCGGAUGCUACGCUGAAAGAGCAGUAUCGAAAUUUUAUGAUGGAGUACCUGACCUUACAGCACAUGCAGGGUGCACCCGAAGAAGCGGAUAAAGGGCCUGCGCAUUACCUGCCACACCACGCCGUACGCAAGCGUCACGAUCCUUCUGCCAAGUUACGGGUCGUUUUUAAUGCUUCUUUUUGUACAGCCACGGGCCAAUCGCUAAACGACUGCCUCGCCACUGGUCAGAAGCUCCAGGCUGACCUGUGGAUGGUAUUGACCCGCUGGCGACUUUUUCGGGUCGUAUUCACCACGGACAUUGUCAAGAUGUUCAGACAGAUCCGAGUCCAUUCAGAGGAUACUAAGUGGCAAAGCAUCCUUUGGCGCGCCACUCCCGACGAACGAGUGCAGGACUUUCGGCUUACAACGGUGACGUAUGGCACGGCGUGUGCGCCUUUCCUAGCUUUACGGGUACUUGCCCAGCUGGCGAACGACGAAAGCAGCCGAUUUCCCCGAGGAGCUUCGGUGGUGCGUCGACACACUUAUGUCGAUGAUAUUCUCACCGGGGCGGAUGAUGUCAGCGAGACCCUGGCUUUGAAAAGAGAAGUGGUGGCAAUUUUCAAAGCUGGCGGUUUCGAACUAAGCAAAUGGGCAUCUAACAUACCGGAAAUUCAAGAAGCCGACUCUUCUAAUACGCGCCUGUUUCAGGAAUGGUCCGGCAUCAGCACACUAGGCGUGAACUGGAAUCCUAGGGAUGAUGCCUUCUCCCUUCGAGUCGCAGCCGCUGAGCUGGUGAGAGAAUGCACCACCAAGAGGUCUAUCCUUUCGGAAAUCGCAGGCCUCUUCGACCCACUGGGCUGGGCGGCGCCGGUCCUAGUCGUGGCCAAGAUUUUAAUGCAGGACCUCUGGAUCCUUGGAGCGGACUGGGAUCAGCAAUUGCCAGAGAACGUCUGCACUAUGUGGCAGCGCUUCAGAGGCUCCCUGCCGCAAUUGGAUACCCUGAAGAUCCCACGCUGGACAUUUGCCUCAUCAGAGCCGUCCACCCAGAUGGAACUUCACGGUUUUUGUGACGCCUCGCAGCGAGCUUAUGCGGCAGCGGUGUACCUGCGGGUCAAUAACAAUGGGUUGGUAACGACCUCGCUUUUGGUCGCAAAAACUAAGGUGGCCCCGGUAAAGACUAUAACAAUUCCGAAGUUGGAACUGUGUGGAGCCACCUUGUUAUCUAAAUUAUUGAUUCGGGUCAAAGAAGGCAUUAAUAUGUCUGGCCCGACCAUCGCGUGGACGGAUUCAAGUGUAACCUUACACUGGAUCCGCGGCCAUGCAUCUCAAUGGAAACCCUUCGUUGCCCAUCGAGUCUCCGAUAUCCAGCACGAGAUACCGGCGGACAAUUGGCGGCACAUCCGCUCUCCGGACAAUCCAGCGGACUUGGCAACCCGAGGAAUGAGCCCAGCCGAGCUCGUCGACUCCGAUAUCUGGUGGCACGGGCCGAAAUGGUUGACGGAACAGCCUGAAUUCUGGCCGGCGACCUUUCCGGAGUCCAACGAGGGAAUAGAGGCAGAGAGAAGAGGAGCCACGGUACACGUCGUCAAGGAGAAAUUACAGCAUCUCCAACAGUUUCCGAAGUGGCGUCGUUACCGGGAGAAUUUGGAAAUCGGCAGCCUGGCGCUUAUCCGGGACGACUUACAGCCACCAGCAAAGUGGUUGAUGGGACGCGUCACCGAACUACACCCAGGACCUGAUGGAUGCGUUAGAGUGGUAACUCUACGCACUGAAAAGGGCACUGUUAAGAGGCCAAUCGUCAAGCUGUGCCCCUUACCAGUAUCGCCAACCGACGCCUCUUAG